CUUUCAGCCGUGCCCCCAUUCCGAUGGCCGUGGUCCGCAGAGAGCUCUCCUGUGAGAGCUACCCCAUAGAGCUCCGCUGUCCGGGAACAGACGUCAUCAUGAUCGAAAGUGCCAACUAUGGGAGGACUGAUGACAAAAUUUGUGACUCGGACCCCGCUCAGAUGGAGAAUAUCCGAUGUUAUCUGCCAGAUGCCUAUAAGAUUAUGUCUCAAAGAUGCAAUAACAGAACCCAGUGUGCAGUGGUGGCAGGUCCUGAUGUUUUUCCAGACCCGUGUCCAGGAACCUAUAAAUACCUUGAAGUACAGUAUGAAUGUGUCCCUUACAAAGUGGAACAAAAAGUUUUUCUUUGUCCUGGACUACUAAAAGGAGUAUACCAGAGUGAACAUUUGUUUGAGUCCGACCACCAAUCUGGGGCAUGGUGCAAAGAUCCUCUACAGGCUUCUGACAAGAUUUACUAUAUGCCCUGGACCCCCUACAGAACGGAUACCCUGACCGAGUAUUCAUCCAAGGAUGACUUCAUUGCUGGAAGGCCAACUACAACCUACAAGCUCCCUCACAGGGUGGACGGCACAGGAUUUGUUGUGUAUGACGGGGCUUUGUUCUUCAACAAAGAGCGCACCAGGAACAUCGUGAAGUUCGAUUUGCGGACUAGGAUCAAGAGUGGAGAGGCUAUCAUAGCAAAUGCUAAUUACCACGAUACCUCCCCUUACCGAUGGGGAGGCAAAUCUGACAUAGACCUGGCAGUGGACGAGAACGGGCUGUGGGUAAUCUAUGCAACAGAACAAAACAAUGGCAAAAUUGUCAUUAGUCAAUUGAACCCUUACACUCUACGGAUCGAAGGGACAUGGGAUACUGCGUAUGAUAAAAGGUCAGCUUCCAAUGCGUUUAUGAUUUGUGGGAUUCUGUAUGUGGUCAAAUCCGUAUAUGAGGAUGAUGACAAUGAGGCCACUGGGAAUAAGAUUGACUACAUUUACAAUACAGACCAAAGCAAGGAUAGUUUGGUGGAUGUGCCCUUUCCAAAUUCGUACCAGUACAUCGCAGCUGUGGAUUACAACCCCAGGGACAACCUCCUUUACGUGUGGAAUAACUAUCACGUCGUGAAAUAUUCUUUGGACUUUGGACCUCUGGAUAGUAGAUCGGGGCAGGCACAUCAUGGACAAGUUUCAUACAUUUCUCCACCAAUUCACCUUGACUCUGAGCUAGAAAGACCCUCUGUGAGAGAAAUCUCUACCACAGGCCCUCUUGGCAUGGGAAGCACUGCCACCAGUACCACCCUGCGGACCACAGCUUGGAGCCCGGGAAGGAGUACAACCCCAUCAGUGUCGGGAAGAAGGAACCGGAGUACCAGCACCCCAUCUCCAGCUGUCGAGGUGCUUGACGACAUGACCACGCACCUCCCAUCAGCAUCGUCCCAGAUCCCAGCGCUCGAAGAGAGCUGUGAGGCUGUAGAAGCCCGAGAAAUCAUGUGGUUUAAGACCCGUCAAGGACAGAUAGCAAAGCAGCCAUGCCCUGCAGGAACUAUUGGUGUUUCAACUUAUCUGUGCCUUGGUCCUGACGGAAUUUGGGACCCCCAAGGACCAGAUCUCAGCAACUGUUCUUCUCCUUGGGUCAAUCACAUAACACAGAAGUUGAAAUCUGGAGAGACGGCUGCCAACAUUGCUAGAGAGCUGGCCGAACAGACAAGAAAUCAUUUGAAUGCCGGGGACAUCACCUACUCUGUCCGGGCCAUGGAUCAGCUGGUCGGCCUCCUCGAUGUCCAGCUGCGAAACCUGACCCCAGGUGGAAAAGACAGCGCCGCCCGCAGUCUGAACAAGCUUCAGAAAAGAGAGCGCUCUUGCAGAGCCUAUGUCCAGGCAAUGGUCGAGACAGUUAACAACCUCCUCCAGCCACAAGCCCUGAAUGCGUGGAGAGACCUGACUACAAGUGAUCAACUACGUGCAGCCACCAUGUUGCUUGACACUGUGGAGGAAAGUGCUUUUGUGCUGGCUGAUAACCUUUUGAAGACUGACAUUGUCAGGGAGAACACAGACAAUAUUAAACUGGAAGUUGCAAGGCUGAGCACGGAAGGAAACUUAGAAGACCUGAAAUUUCCAGAAAACAUGGGCCAUGGAAGCACUAUCCAGCUUUCUGCAAAUACUUUAAAGCAAAAUGGCCGGAAUGGAGAAAUCAGAGUGGCCUUUGUGCUCUAUAACAAUUUGGGUCCUUAUCUGUCCACGGAGAAUGCAAGUAUGAAGUUGGGAACAGAAGCUAUGUCCACGAAUCAUUCUGUUAUCGUCAAUUCCCCUGUGAUUACAGCAGCAAUAAAUAAAGAGUUCAGUAAUAAGGUGUAUUUGGCUGAUCCUGUGGUGUUUACUGUUAAACAUAUCAAGCAGUCAGAGGAAAAUUUCAACCCUAACUGUUCAUUUUGGAGCUAUUCCAAGCGUACAAUGACAGGUUACUGGUCAACACAAGGCUGUCGGCUCCUGACAACAAACAAGACACAUACUACAUGCUCUUGUAACCAUCUAACAAAUUUUGCAGUGCUGAUGGCACAUGUGGAAGUUAAGCACAGUGAUGCAGUCCAUGACCUUCUUCUGGAUGUGAUCACGUGGGUUGGAAUUUUGCUGUCCCUUGUUUGUCUCCUGAUUUGCAUCUUCACAUUUUGCUUUUUCCGCGGGCUCCAGAGCGACCGUAACACCAUCCACAAGAACCUCUGCAUCAGCCUCUUUGUAGCAGAGCUGCUCUUCCUGAUUGGGAUCAACAGAACUGACCAACCUAUUGCCUGUGCUGUUUUUGCUGCCCUCUUACAUUUCUUCUUCUUGGCUGCCUUCACCUGGAUGUUCCUGGAGGGGGUGCAGCUAUACAUCAUGCUGGUGGAGGUUUUUGAGAGUGAACAUUCACGCAGGAAAUACUUUUAUCUGGUCGGUUAUGGGAUGCCUGCGCUCAUUGUCGCUGUGUCGGCUGCAGUAGACUACAGGAGUUAUGGAACAGAUAAAGUAUGUUGGCUCCGACUUGACACCUACUUCAUCUGGAGUUUUAUAGGACCAGCGACCUUGAUAAUUAUGCUUAAUGUAAUCUUCCUUGGGAUUGCUUUAUAUAAAAUGUUUCAUCAUACCGCCAUACUGAAACCUGAAUCAGGCUGUCUUGAUAAUAUCAACUAUGAGGAUAACAGACCCUUCAUCAAACUUUCAUUGAGCCGAAUCCGUAGAAUGUGGAAUGACACGGUCCGAAAGCAGUCAGAGUCUUCCUUUAUUACUGGAGAUAUAAACAGUUCAGCGUCACUCAACAGAGAGGGGCUUCUGAACAAUGCCAGGGAUACAAGUGUCAUGGAUACUCUACCACUGAAUGGUAACCAUGGCAAUAGUUACAGCAUUGCCAGCAGUGAAUACCUGAGCAACUGUGUGCAAAUCAUAGACCGUGGCUAUAACCAUAACGAGACCGCCCUAGAGAAAAAGAUUCUGAAGGAACUCACUUCCAACUAUAUCCCUUCGUACCUGAACAACCACGAGCGCUCCAGUGAACAGAACAGGAAUCUGAUGAACAAGCUGGUGAAUAACCUCGGCAGUGGGAGUGAAGAUGACGCCAUCGUCCUGGAUGAUGCCACCUCCUUUAACCACGAGGAGAGUCUAGGACUGGAACUCAUUCAUGAGGAAUCGGAUGCUCCUUUGCUGCCCCCAAGAGUUUACUCCACAGAGAACCACCAGCCCCACCAUUAUAGCAGAAGGCGGAUCCCUCAAGACCACAGUGAGAGCUUUUUCCCUUUGCUAACCAACGAGCACACAGAAGAUCUCCAGUCACCCCACAGGGACUCUCUCUAUACCAGCAUGCCGGCACUGGCUGGUGUGGCCGCCACAGAGAGUGUUACCACCAGCACCCAGACCGAACCCCCACCGGCCAAAUGUGGCGACGCCGAAGAUGUUUACUACAAAAGCAUGCCAAACCUAGGCUCCAGAAACCACGUCCAUCAGCUGCACACUUACUACCAGCUAGGUCGUGGCAGCAGCGAUGGGUUUAUAGUUCCUCCAAACAAAGAUGGGACCCCUCCGGAGGGAAGUUCAAAAGGACCUGCUCAUUUGGUCACUAGUCUAUAG